AUGUCUUCAGGACCCAAGAACCACUCUUCCGAUCUGGAGGCAGCCCAUCAAGACUUCGAUACCCAGACCAGUGUCUUCUUUGUAUCAAAUGUGCACUGCGCAUCAUGUGUUACAUAUAUCACGGAAGUGCUCUCUGAGACCCCUUCAGUUAGAAAUAUCGAAGUCACAAUUUUGACGCACGAAGUGCGUGCGAGCCAUAGCACCACCGUUCGGCCGGCCGACCUCGUCAACGCGCUGAUUCAUGCCGCGUUUGAAGUACACCAUGUGACAACAUUUGACCAACAAGGAAGGCUUAUCGCGGAACUUGACACCUCUUCAUGGAACCACCGCGGCUCCACGCUGUUCUCCUCGCCGCGAACCUCUGUUUCUAGUAUCUCAUCCAACAUUAAAGAGCGAAUCCAGACCAGCAGACAUAAGCGACAUAUUGCCAACUGUGAUGCAUGCAGGAAGGAAGAGCUAGAAACUUUUCCUCGUCAUUCUUCUUCUCGAACGGACCUAGGAUUUUUGGACGAGAAAUCAUCACAGAGUCCCUUCCACCCAUUGAGCAAGCAUCACGAACAAGACAUAACUACUACAAAACUUGAGUCAACUCCGGAGAAUGCUGUGCAGGAGAGUCUUCGUUCAUUUGCCACCUCCGAAACAAAAAUUCAACCCGAUGUGUCUACUCCAAAACUACCAACAGACAUAGCAGAACUUCCCAGUCCGUCCGUUGAAUCAACCGAUGAGUUCAUCGCACAGAUUAGCGUUGGAGGAAUGAGCUGCGCAUCGUGUGCCAACAGUAUCACCGCACAAGUCCAACAGCUUGGGUUCGUGAACAAAAUCACUGUCAACCUUCUCACCAAUAGCGCAACAGUAAUUUAUGUUGGACCUCGCAAUAAUGUUGACGAGAUUGUUGAGCAAAUCAACGAUGCUGGAUUUGAAGCAUCUCUUGAUGAGGUGAACCAAGCCCCCAAACCACCAGCAUCUGCAGAGCUGGCAGCAAACUAUGUCAGCGAGAUUGCAAUCACCGGCAUGACCUGCGGCUCUUGUGUCGGAGGGGUGACUCGAGGGCUUGAAGAACUUGCUUUCGUUCGCAAUGUGUCUGUGAACCUGCUUUCUCAUAGCGGAAGGGUGGAAUUUGAAGGCCGAAACAAUCUUGAUAAAAUCAUAGAGAGGAUUGAAGACCUUGGAUACGACGCCACAAUCAAUAGCGUCUCCCCAUUAAAAGGUAGCACAGAAAAGCUCAGCACUGCUCAGAUCCGAACUAUCUCUAUACAUGUGGAUGGAAUGUUCUGUCACCAUUGCCCACAAACUGUUCUUGGGGCAGUGAACUUGGUUCCCGGUGUCGCCAUCGAGGAGGCACUCUCCGAGAAAACCCCCCAUUCUCAAAGUCACAUAUACGCCACAGUCACCUUCACUCACAAUUCGCACAAUAAUCUCGGCGAUCAACUCGGCGAAUGGCAAUUUUCGCGCGACUGUCUAUCACCCGCCCAGCAUCGAAGACCGAUCUCUGCCAUUCCAACUUUCCUUAUAGGCAUUGUAUUCAUGUCUCUUGUCUCAUCUGAAAACUCUGUUCGAAUGUAUCUGGAGGAACCCAUGUGGUCUGGCAGUGUCACCCGCAUCGAAUGGGCGUUGUUUAUAAUGUCAACACCUGUCAUGUUCUACGGCACCGAUGUGUUCCAUGUCCGCGCUAUGAAGGAAGUUUAUGCGCUAUGGCGUCCUGGAAGUCGAGUACCGAUCCUUCGGAGGUUCUACCGUUUUGGUAGUAUGAACCUUUUGAUCUCUGCAGGCACAUCGGUGGCCUAUAUCUCAUCCCUGGCAGUACUUAUCGUUGAUGCAGUUGUGGGUACGAAGUCCAGCCUCCAUAGCACGACUUAUUUCGACUCAGUUGUCUUUUUGACUCUGUUCAUUCUUGCUGGUCGAUUCCUGGAGGCCUACAGCAAAGCCAAAACUGGCGAUGCUGUCACAUGUUUGGGCAAGCUUCGACCUUCAGAAGCACUACUAUCUGAUGAAACCUCCGAAGGUGGAGUGAAGCGUACGAGUGUUGAUCUCUUAGAGGUUGGUGACGUCGUCAGUAUUCCCCACGGCGCCUCGCCUCCUGCAGAUGGAGUCAUCGUCGACAGCGCGUCAUACCAAUUCGAUGAGAGUUCUUUGACCGGAGAGUCGCGACCAGUCAAGAAGACAGCCCACGACAUAGUCUAUACAGGUUCAGUUAAUGUCGGCCAGCCGGUACGGAUCCGUAUCACCGAGCUAGGUGGUUCAUCUAUGCUUGAUCGAAUCAUCGCCGUGGUUCGUGAGGGACAAAGCAAGCGUGCACCUCUCGAAAGAGUUGCUGACCUUCUCACUUCCCAUUUCGUUCCUAUCAUCACUCUGAUCGCUAUUUCCACUUUCGUUAUCUGGCUGGCGCUUGGCCAUUCUGGUGUGCUCCCCGCAGAUUAUCUCGAUGUCGCACAUGGCGGCUGGACAUUCUGGGCGCUCGAAUUUGCGAUUUCAGUGUUUGUGGUGGCUUGUCCUUGCGGCCUGGCCCUUGCAGCCCCUACGGCGCUUUUCGUUGGAGGUGGCCUGGCAGCGAAGUAUGGUAUCCUGGUUAAAGGUGGCGGUGAAGCCUUCCAAGAAGCCAGUCGCUUGAAUGCAAUCGUGUUUGACAAGACAGGCACAUUGACUGAGGGUGGAAGUCUGAAAGUUUCUGAGCAUGAAGUUCUGACCAAUGACCCAGAAGUUGCGAAAGCCGCCUGGGCUCUGGCUUGGAAAAUGGAAGAGAGCAGCAACCAUCCGAUUGCGCAGGCAAUCACUGAAUUCUGCAAGACACAAAAAUCAUUUUCUGUCAAGUCCUCGGACGUUCAUGAGAUUUCCGGGCAGGGCAUGAAAGGAACCUUUACUGUCUCUGGCUCCAAGCAUGAAACGCAAUAUGAAGCUGCAAUUGGCAAUGAACGUCUUCUCAAGAGUCUACUGUCCCCCGAAACAGACACAUACUUCGUUUCCAACCUGCUGGCAAAAUAUCAGUCAUCAGGCAAGUCGACUGCAGUUCUCUCACUCCGUCAAAUACACCCUCCACCCACCGAACCAUCCAAGUUCAUACCCGCCAUUAUAUUCGCCACCUCAGACACGAUCCGCCCGGAAGCUGUCGGUAUAAUCUCUCAGCUUCAGAAGCGUCAUGUCGAUGUAUUCAUGUGCACUGGCGAUAACCAAACCACCGCCCAUGCCGUUGCGGACAUGCUAGGCAUCCCACGCUCCAAGGUGAUGGCCAACGUCCUUCCAGCGGAGAAAGCCAGCUUUGUUCGUCAGAUUCAAGAACGCUCUCUGGAUACAACACCAGCUGAGGGCAUUACCCCAUCGAGUUCAAGCACACCACGUCCUAUCGUCGCUUUUGUCGGCGAUGGAGUGAACGACUCGCCUGCUUUGGCAGCAGCAGACGUGAGCAUCGCUAUGGCAUCUGGCUCUGACGUUGCUAUCAACUCUGCCAGCUUUAUUCUACUCAACUCAGAUCUCAGCACGAUUUUGCAGCUGGUCCUGCUCAGUCGCCGUGUGUUCAAUCGAGUCCGUAUGAACUUCGGCUGGGCGGUAAUUUACAACCUCUGUUUAGUUCCGGUUGCUGCUGGUGUGCUCUAUCCUAUCGUGAGUGGCCAUCAUGAGAAAACGAUUGACGGCGAGAUGAUCAUGGCCAAUGAGCACUGGAGACUGAGUCCAGUGUGGGCUGCUCUGGCUAUGGCUUUGAGUAGCAUUUCUGUUGUGCUAAGUAGCUUGGCUUUGAGGAUUGAUAAAGAAAGUAUUAUGAAGAUUAUGAGAUGGAAGAGGUAA